AUGUCAUUUCAGAUACCUCCUGCGGCAUUGCGUGCCGCGAUGACCGCGUCACCCAAUACCCCUGGUAGCUAUUACAACCAGACCCUCUACCGUGGUCCCAAUGAUCAGUUUCUGACAGUCCAUUACUGUGACAACAUGGCCACAGCAGAGAGGGUCGCACCAUAUUUUCUGCAGGAGAAGGUCAUAGGUUUCGAUAUCGAGUGGAGACCCUGGGCAGCCAUCAAAUCCAUCAAGGACAAUGCAUCUUUGAUCCAACUUGCUUCUGAGGAUCGGAUCGCUCUCUUCCAUAUCGCCUUGUUUUCAGGAACAACAGCCGAGGAGUUGAUUCCUCCUACUUUGCGCGCCAUCAUUGAAUCCCCUGAUAUUCUCAAAGUUGGUGUCGCUAUCAAAGGAGACUUCUCACGCCUUGAGAAGUACCUGGGCAUCAAAGCUCGAGGAGUCUUCGAGUUGAGCCGUUUGCAUAAUCUUGUGGAAUAUAGCGACUCUGAUCCGAGAAAGGCUGGGAGCAAGAAACUUUCCUCCCUUGCCAAACAAGUCCACCAACAUCUCCAGCUUCCCUUGUACAAAGGGGAGGUACGGGAGAGCGACUGGAGCAAGCGUUUGGAUCGCGACCAGAUAGCGUACGCUGCGACAGAUGCAUAUGCCAGCCUACGCAUUUUCGAUGCUCUCGAAGCGAAACGAAAGAGGCUGAGGCCUGUCCCUCCCCGUCCUGAGGUGUGUGAUUAUGACGAGGUCACCAAACCGAGGACCGCUCCAUGUGCCAAAUCCGGUCCCAAAGCUGUAGAGGAGCCAGUGCAAGAAGAGGAGCCCCAGGCGGCAGUCGAGGAUGCCGAAGAGUCCGAAGCAGCGUAUGAGACUGCGGCCGAGGAUCUUGUUGACAGUCAACAGCUUGAAGAGCAGGAUUCAGAGUCUGCAUCUUCCGCUGAAAGCGCAGAUUUGGAUGAAGAACCCGAUUCGGAUUAUGUUCCAAGCGCGCGCCUCAAGUCCUCCGCCUACCUCGCUGCCGACUCCUGGGCCCGCACCUACCUCCACACCACCAUCCCCUCUCCCUCGUCCCCUUCUUCCAGUGCCACCUCCCGCAUCCGCGCCACUGUCACCGUCCUCCGCGCUUACCACCUCUGGCACCACCAAGACUUAUCACCAGCAGAAAUAGCAAGACACUUGCGCGAUCCGCCACUCGCGGAGAGCACGGUUUGCGGGUAUAUAUUGCAGGCCGUUGCGGCGGAGAGGUUGGCGUAUAGUAGGAGGGAGAUGAGGGAGGUGUUGAGUAAGGUGCCGCUGAAUGUGAGGAUGACGAGGUGGAGGUGGUUGGUUGAGAGACUGGGAGGUCUGGACAAGUGA